AGCGGCCGCACAACGCCCAUCACUAGUUUCGGAUCCCAAAGCCAAACAUUUUUCAUUUUCAUUUUCCCCCAUUACAUUAACAAAAUAAAUAAGCGGCUAUAUUGCGCAUAAUUACAGUUGCCAGUAGUUGCUCCCAUUGCUCACACAUCUGAUCCGGCCAGAACAGCGGAAUAAAUCGGAAUUAAAUUAGCAGUGACCAAACAAAAAACAAAACAAGUGAAAAUCCUCCUAAAAAACAAAAAAGAAAGGAAAAAGUUAAAUCAUGUUUUGGGCGGUGAAGCGGGUCCGCUCCCUGCAUCAGUUAGCCUGUCAAGGGGGCCGCCUCAAGAUCAAGUUCAAAAGCAAGAAUCCGAAUCCAAAUCAAAGUCUCUAUCAAGAACCAGGUCCUGACAGGAUGUGGCAGCGCCGGGAUCCAUUAUCCAUAAGACUGAAUCACUCAAUAUCGGGCGAAAUCUGCCACUCCCAUUUACUUCUAGCUGACAACAACAGCGGCUCAGGUGGUGGCGGCGGCGGCGGCGGAGGUGGUGGCGGUGGAGGCCACAAUAAUGCCACCUGCUGUGCCAAGAACUCAACGUCCCCGGUGGCCAGUUCCAGUACGAGUGCCAUCACCAAUGAACUGCUCACCCAGUGGCGUCGCAACUUCUACAGCGAACCGAAGAACCUGCUGGCCCAGAACGUCUGCUCCCGGGUGGAUCCGUUCGAUGUUUGUCUGUCCCGGAAGGCUUUGGAGACGACCAAUCAUGUGUUCAACUACAAGGUGGAAACGGAGGGCAAGCCGGUGACCAAUCAGCGCAGCUCCGGCCGUUGCUGGCUGUUCGCGGCCCUCAACUGCAUCCGCCUGCCCUUCAUGAAGAACUACAACCUGGACGAGUUCGAGUUCUCGCAGGCCUUCCUCUUCUACUGGGACAAGAUCGAGCGAUGCAACUACUUCCUCAACAACAUCGUGAAGACUGCCCAGCGGGGCGAGAAGGUUGACGGGCGACUAGUGUCCUUCCUGCUGCUCGAUCCCACUUCCGAUGGUGGCCAGUGGGAUAUGCUGGUCAAUCUGAUAACCAAACACGGUCUGAUGCCAAAGAAAUGCUUCCCCGAGAGCUUUAGCUGCGAGUCCAGCAUACGAAUGAAUGCCAUAUUGAAGAGCAAGCUCCGGGAGUAUGCUCGCCAUCUGCGCGUGCUGAUGGAGCAGAAUCCCUCGGAGGAGGAGAUCGCCUGCAAGAUCCAGGAGCAAAUGGCCGAGAUCUACAAGGUGGUGGGCAUUUGUCUCGGCAUUCCCGCCGAGACAUUCACCUGGGAGUACUACGACAAGAGCAAGAACUACCAGUCCAUCGGACCAGUCAGCUCCCUGGAGUUCUACGAGCGCUACGUCAAGCCGCACUUCAAUGUGGAGGACAAGGUCUGUCUGGUGACCGAUCCCCGGCCAACAAGCAGCUACGAUCAGGCCUACACCGUCGACUGUCUGGGCAAUGUGGUCGGUGGACGGCCCGUCCUCUACAACAACCAGUGCGUGGAUCUGCUCCUGGCCGUUGUCACCAAGUCGCUGAAGGCCGGGGAGGCUGUCUGGUUCGGAUGUGAGGUCAGCAAGCGGUUCGCCUCCAAGCAGGGUAUCGAGGAUGUGGACGUCCAUGAUUUUAAGCUGGUCUUUGAUAUCGAUAUACAAACCACGUUUUCCAAGGCGGAUCGUCUCAUUUACGGAGAAUCAGCCAUGACCCAUGCCAUGGUCUUCACAGCCGUGUCCGUUGAUAAAAGCGGCGUGGCCCAGAAACUGCGGGUGGAGAACUCGUGGGGCGAGGAUCGUGGCGAGAAGGGCUACCUGGUCAUGUGCGCUGACUGGUUCAGGGAAUUUGGAUUCGAGGUUGUUGUGGACAAGAAGUACGUUCCGGAGGAUGUGCUGCGCGUUUUCGACAUGGAUCCGAUCGUCCUGCCCGCCUGGGAUCCCAUGGGCACGCUGGCGCAGUAAAUCCAAUCAGAAAACAAAAGGAAUACGCGUAUAUUUAAUUAAAAAAUAUAUACAAAGCUUUACGAUCCAGCAACAAGAACAGCGCAGCAUCAGCAGCAUCGGCAUCCCAGCAUCCCAGCAUCAGAAUCCGAAUCAGAGCAUACCUAUCCGUGUUUAGUUUUAAAUUUCAAGCGCAAUAUUUUUGUAAUUUGUAGUCCCAUUUUUCUGUUUUUGUGUAACGUACCGUGUACAUUUGAUAUUCCUUUUUGUCAAAAUCUCUGUUCGAUCCAGGUCCCUUUUCCAAACCUAGAACUCUCCUAUGAAAGCGCAAUAUUUUAUCCAAUUAAUCUUAAACAGAAACACUCGUGGGCGUCAAUUCUAUGUAUCAAUAUUUUUGUGUUUAGCCUAAGUAAAAUAAAUUUUUCAGUUCAUCCCUUUU